AUGGUUGCUGUCUGUGGUCAACCAUCCACCAUGGCUGAUAGAGAACUGCAUUGCCUACCACCGGCGCGCGAUCUUGGUUGGGGUCAAGUACCUGAGCCGUUACAUAUACGCAAGCAAUCAUCCGAGUAUAGCGGGAGUCGAACGUAUGGUCACUCGCGGAGAUCGAGCACGCAGAGCGAUGCAACCGAUGCGAGCUUCGAGAGCCUACCUGAGCUUCCUGAGGCUGAUGUCCCGUUGACGAUUGCCAAACGAAGGGACAAUCCCAGCGCGCAAUCGACGAAUCCUCCUACGCCUGAUGGUUCUUGCCAGUUCAGGAGUGCUUUGAGGCCAAAUGAUGUAGGAAACAUCGCGCCAACUAUACCGCCCAAGUCAACACAGCGGCGAUCCACCUCUUGCAAUGCCAGACGACACCCCCGGGCACGAUCCCCUCCAUUAACCCGGGCUUUCUACUUGGGGAGUAGCAGGAGCUUUCGAAGACGGGGACAGGUUUUGGAUGGGAGUGCGGAUCAGGAUCAAGAGCAUGGUUGGCGGGACACAACACCUGUCGUGCCGACGGCGUCUGACGGGCACCGUUUGCGCAACGCGAGGAGUCUGUUUCAGUUGGCGAGAACGGCGGAUGGGAUGAAUGGCAUGAAUAGCAUUGUUGAGCCGCCGAGGUCUCCGAUGCCACCCGAGCCGGAUAGCGCGAGGAAUUCGCCCGAUGAGGUAGGGGCGGCACCGGAUCCGUUGGUCUUGGUUCCGAGGAUUGUGGUGACACCGGAGCACAAGGCUUUGGAUGAGGGGGCGGUGAGUUUAUGGGCGGCGGUGCAGCUUUCGACGCAGAUUUCGAGGGCAAAUGUGCCGGAUCAGUUGGGGGGUUGUGGGUUAGUUGGGGAGCAUGGGCAUGAGCCUUCGCCGGCGGAUUUGUUUCGGUAUGGGUGUUUGUAUGAUGUUUCGUUGGAGAUACUGCCGACGAGUAGGAGUUCGAUUAUUGAGGUUGUGGAUGAUAAGGCUUGCGCAAUAAGCACACUGUACCCUGGAUCACGCUUGCUCGUUGUAGCUCAUGUCCGCCUGCUACCAUCGGCGAAUGCACAUCGUCUUCGCCGUAAGGCUCAUCAAAGCUCUGAUGAUCUCAUAGAGGACCUCGAGCACCACCUUGGUAGCACCAUGACAGAGUAUCUCCGGGUCCGUGUAACAUAUCGACACUCUGGAUUUCCUCAGCAGCAGCAACAACAAACGCGAAAUAUGACCAUGAAAAACGGCUCCAGUGACGGCAUCGCUAACGUCCAGACAUCAAUUCAAACUACUGCCAUGGCAGUAAUCAAACGUCACAACUCAUCUUCGCCAUGGUCUCCACGACCCCGGGCUCCGCAGCCGAAUCCGAUAUUUAAGAUUAUUGCUUCGCACUGGGGAGUGCAGAGCGCAAACGAGGUGAUGCAAAGGAUUAUCAGCUCAAAACCGUUGACGGCAAGAAAGGGAGCUAUUUCGCCGCCGCUACUGGGCCCCUUGGGUAUUUUGACCGGAGGGAGGUUAACGCCAAUUCUGGUUAGUCCUGAGGAGAGUGGAGAGGAGGAUCAUGACCGUGGUCGAUUUAGCGAGGAUCAUACGAGGGAGGAUUCGCAUAGCGAGGAGAUGGUGCGCCCUCGACAGCAGCAGGACAUUCCUGCUUUGGGUUCUACUCCGCCGACAAGUAUGGCGCCUCCUGUACCACCUACUAUACCAAAACGGCAGACGAGUUUGAGGCAGGUGCCUGUUGACCAAUCUCAGGCACAACAGGAAGUGCAACAGCCGCAACAGAGACAUUUGAGGAGUGACACCAAAGAUAUUGCAAAGAUGAUCAAGAUAGGGUCUUGGCCUGAGUCGCCCCGGACUUCGGGCGGUAGUGAUACUGGUGGGAAUGAUGAUGGGGUAGUAGCUCAGGAAACCCCGUCUUCGAUAUUAAUGGCUACGCCUGCUACUACAAGUACUAAUCGGACUACGUAUCGGUCGAGUAAAGUGAGGGGGUUGCCGAGUAGUUUGAAGAUGAGUGGUGGUGGUGGUAGUGGUGUUGAGUCACCGCAGAUCAUGCCGAUGUCGAUUCAGGAGGUGGGGGAAGUACCGAGGGAUAGUGUGGGAAGUACAAGUUCGGGUGGUAACAGUGAGGAGAGGGAGAGGCCGUCGUAUCAGUCUUAUCAGUCUUUGUUGGGAAGGAGGAGGUCAUUGGGGGGUGAUGGGUCUAGUGGGAAGGAGGGGAGGGGAGAUAGGGGGAGGGAUAGUAGGGAUAGUAGGGAUAAUAGGGAUAGUAGGGAGAGCAGAGGGAGCGGGGGGAGGCCGUCUACUUCUGGAGGACUGGGAGGGGAGAAGAUUUUUGGGAGUCUUGUGAGGGGUAUUGAGAGCGGUGGUGGGAAUGGCGGGAUGGGGAGGAGGGUGAGUAAGAAGGAGAAGGAGAAGGAGAAGGAUAAGGAACGGGGGUGGGGGGGUUGGUCGGGGUGGUGGCAGUGA